UGACACGAAGUACGCAUGUCCCUGGAACCUGUCCAGACUCAUUUUACUUUCACCCUUUGUACCGUGGAAGUUUUGUGUUUUGCCAAGCCCUCAGCCGUCACAGUCAUGCUUUCUCUGUCAUUACAGCGAGCAUUGCGGCCCUUUGCCCUCAGGGUUUCGGGGUGUUGGGGCAGAGAGGGGCAGAUCACCGCCGAGUCAUGCAGACGAGGCCUGGGCGGCUGGACGGGACAGGAGAGUCUGGCCCAGGACGACCCGGAGAUGUGGGGUCUCCUGCAGCAGGAGAAGGACAGGCAGUGCCGGGGGCUGGAGCUCAUCGCAUCAGAGAACUUCUGCAGCCGUGCGGCACUCGAAGCUCAGGGCUCUUGUCUGAACAACAAAUACUCCGAGGGGUACCCAGGACAAAGGUACUAUGGAGGUGCAGAGGUGGUGGAUCAGAUCGAGCUGCUGUGUCAGAAGCGAGCGCUCACCGCCUUCGGCCUGGAUCCCAACCUGUGGGGCAUCAACGUCCAGCCGUACUCCGGAUCACCGGCUAACUUUGCAGCCUACACCUCCGUCCUGCAGCCUCAUGACCGCAUCAUGGGCCUGGAUCUGCCUGACGGGGGACACCUCACCCACGGCUACAUGACGGACACCAAGAGGAUCUCGGCCACCUCCAUUUACUUUGAAUCGAUGCCUUACAAGCUGGAUCCUCAAACGGGUCUGAUAGAUUACGAGCAGCUGGAGAGGACGGCUCGUCUGUUCAGACCCAGACUCAUCAUAGCAGGAACCAGCGCCUACGCUCGCCUCAUCGACUAUUCACGCAUGAAGAAGCUGUGUGUGGAGCUGAACGCUUACCUGCUGGCAGAUAUGGCUCAUAUCAGCGGUCUGGUGGCGGCAGGAGCAGUUCCUUCUCCCUUUCAAUACGCUGACCUGGUCACCUCCACUACCCAUAAGUCUCUGAGAGGAGCAAGGGCUGGGCUGAUCUUCUUCAGGAAAGGUGUGCGUUCUGUGGAUAAGAAAGGCCGAGAGGUGCUCUAUGACCUCCAGGACCGGGUGAACUUCGCCGUCUUCCCGUCUCUCCAGGGAGGACCUCACAACCACGCCAUCGCUGGGGUGGCGGUCGCACUCAGACAGGCUUCCACUCCGAUGUUCAAACAGUACAUCGCCCAAGUGCUGCUGAACGCCAAAGCCAUGGCCGACGCUCUGCUGAAGAAAGGCUACACCCUGGUGUCAGGUGGAACUGACAACCACCUGGUCCUGGUUGACCUCCGGCCUCGUGGGAUCGACGGCGCCCGAGCCGAGAGGGUCCUCGAGCUGGUGUCCAUCACCGCCAACAAGAACACGUGUCCCGGAGACAAGAGCGCCCUGACUCCAGGAGGACUCCGACUCGGAGCUCCGGCUCUGACCUCUCGACAGUUUAAGGAGGCAGACUUUGAAAAGGUCGUGGACUUGAUUGAUGAAGGGAUUCAGAUUGCACUGGAUGUGAAGAAGAAGACUGGAAACCUUGCUAGCUUCAAGUCCUGCCUGCUGGAGGACCCGGACACGGUGUCUCGCAUCGCAGAGCUCCGCCAGCGUGUGGAGCUAUUCGCCAGGCCCUUCCCCAUGCCAGGAUUCACUGACCACUGAAGCCCGUUUCCCCCCCCCACAUCAAGAGAGAUAUCCUCAAAAGAGCUCCACUGCAAUAGUCUUGCAUUGUAUGGAUGAUGUUGUCAUGGCAACAGGCUUUGAUUCAACACGCCGUGCAGAACCGCCGGUCAUUUCUAGAAGCCGACAGGUUUCCAUGUCAACCAAAGGUAUUAAAUCUGCUAAAUGACAUGGAAAAAAAACUGAUGAAUCCGACCUUGAUCGAUGGAAAAAAAAAGAAAAAUGUCACACAACACAAGCUGCCAGGUAAAGAGACGCUAGGAGACGGUGGAAUAAUCCCACUACCACACACAACGAUGGUUAAUGUCAUUUAAUUUUCACAACACUAACAUGGAAACACUUAUUCAGCAUUUAAAAGCAGUUUAAUAAAGGGUUUGUAACUAAUUGUAAUCAUGUAAUAAUAAAAAAAUAAUAAAUCUGAUGCAAGCCUCUUUAUAAACGAGUCUUUAUUAAGGUAUUUUUCAACAAUUAUAACUCUUCCCUUAAGGCAGGGGCACCAAACUUGCGGCCCGUGGGCCAAAAGCGGCCCUUUUUAAAUUUUUUAUGUUAAAAAUGUAACACCAGAAAGACAUGGUGUUAAAUUGUCAGUCAUAUAUUUUGCCUUUUAUUGGAGCAUGUGCAAAACUGAUAUUAAAUGAUAUGGAGAUGGAAAUGAGGUUGAAAAUUGUGGGGUUUUUUUGAACAAAAGUGGGAUUAAAGAGUCCAAAUGUUGCACAGUGACGUCCACUAGCCGGCACUGAAAAGCAGCAGAACUUUCUCAAACACUUUCUCCGUUUCUUUCUGCUGCUUGUUGCCCAAAGCCCAGAAGUGUUUGGAGGUAUUUCGCCUCUAAUCCUGUUCUAGAGCUCUUAUCGGGUUUUGUCCUGCAGCCUGGGAACCUUUACAGCAGCUGUGUGAGGAAUCCAAACCCCACAACAUUAUUAUUCUAUGUUUUUAGGAUUUCUUUUGUGUGUGAGAGAAACAUUAUGAAUCAUUGCACCUUUAAUUUGUAUUUUAAAGUGAAGAAUGUACACUGUAUUUAUAUAUAUGUGAAAAGGACUUCUUAAUUGCAAUAAAAGCUGAGCCUGAAUCCA